AUGAUCACUGCAUAUGGUCACUCUCGUGGUUCAUGUGUUUAUGGUGCUUUCAAUAUUGCUUCCAUAAUGCAGCAACAAGGGCUGCUUCCGAAUCAAGUAACGUUAGUGAGUUUGAUGGAUGCAGCGGCCAAAUUGGUUGCGCUGCAAGAGGGUCGAGCGGUUCAUGGUUAUGCUGUUAGGAGAGGAAUUGGUUUGGGUGAUGAUGUUUUUGAAACAACCCUUUUGGAUAUGUAUCAUAAAUGUGCUGGGUGUGUAGGGUUAGCUGCCUCCGUUUUUGCAAAGAUGGAUGCUCGAAAAAGAACAAAAGUUGGUUCUUGGAAUACGUUGAUAGCGGGUUAUCUUCGUAAUGGACAGGCUUUAGAAGCUUUUGAGCUUUUUCGUCGAAUGAUGUGUAGAAAUAUUUUGCCUGAUUUGUUAACAUUGGCCAAUGUUAUUUUUUGUUGUGUUGAAUUAAAUUAUUUACAUCGAGGGAAAAGUAUUCAUGGAUACAUGAUCAUGAUGGGGGUAGAACUUGAUCUUGUGGCUUCCACUGCUUUGGUUGAUCUAUACUGUAAAAUUGAUGUAACCAAAGCAAGGAUGCUGUUUGAGAGAUUAGAGAAUAAGGAUGCUGUUGUAUACAAUGUUAUGAUGUCCGGUUAUCUUGAAAAUAAUUUACCUGCGGAGGCGCUAAACGUUUUUUGUGAAAUGGUCAAGAUGAAUGUUAGUCCAAAUGUGGCUUUGUUUAUUAAUUUGAUUUCUGCAGUAUCAAAAUUGAGAGACAUUAGAUUAGUCAGGUCUAUACAUGGUUAUGUUUUGAAGCAUAUGCACAACAUGAGUGUGGAAAUUGCAAAUCAAUUUAUUCACGCAUAUGCAAAAUGUGGGUAUGUAGUGGAUGAAAGGGAAGUCUUCAAUAAGAUGAGAACAAUGGACUUGGUUUCAUGGAAUUCGAUGAUAAUGGGUUAUGUUCAUAAUGACCACAUUGAUGAAGCCUUACCGAUUUGUCUCUUACAACUUACAGAGGCAUACAAUCUGGUCAAAAGCAUGCCCUCAACACACAGCACUGCUGCAAUGUCUGCUUUGCUUUCUGCUUGCAGACUAUAUGGGGGAUACAGAUAUUGGAGAGGCUAUAGGGAAACAGAUAUUAGAAUUGGAACCACAUAG